AUGAUCUUCAUUAUUAACUUUGAACAUAAUCCCUUUUUCUCCUGGUCGGCUUUCAUUCGCGGCUUCCUUUUUUGCUUUGGCAAGAGCGCCAAGUGGAGUCGAACGGAUUAUCGGAUCCGGAAAAGCCUUGACCACAACGCCGUCGUUAAUUCCGUUGUCGCUGUGUAUGGGUACUGA